AAUAGCGCAUUGAAGCCACGGCGGAGGCAUCGCCUUCCCUCUCGCUCCUGCGCGUUGCGUCCGGGGCUGUAUUGGGAUCGUUUGACUUGUUGUUGUCGAGAGGCCUUGGUACAGGGGCAGUCGUCCACGUUUUAUCUUCGUUGGUUAUUCUUUCACCAUGCGCCAACAAGCUGCAGGACAGCGAAGUCGACGCCAGACUGCCCCGUCGGGCCCGGCUCUGGAACUGAAGAUCAAGGAGGCCACCGAGCUCGAGACGAUCCCGGAUAGCUUAGAUUCGAUUAACGAUAUUCGCAAUGAGCUGGAGUUUGCGCAAUGGUAUAACGAAGUAGAGGAGAGCUUGCUGGAAGCCAGCUAUGAUGAGUACCAAGCUUGCCUCCAGGAGCUUGAAAUGUCCAAAUCUCAUCUGGAUUCGCUAUUGUCCGAUACUUCGUCGACGCUGAACCUUCUGACCAGCCUAUCGAACGACUUCCGCGCCGUGGAGUCGCAGACAUCCAAUUUCCAGAAACAAUGCGAAGGACUACUCUCGGCACAGAAGCAUGAUUCGGAUUUGGCAGCGGAUAUCCAGGAAAACCUUCAAUACUAUGAUUUCCUGGAUCCUGCGUCGAGGAGACUCAAUGCCCCAGGUGCGGGAAACACGGUUCGUGGGAAGGAGUUCUCGGAUAUGCUGCGACGGCUUGAUGAAUGCUUGGACUACAUGGAGACACAUCCUGAUCAAAAAGAGGCCGGUGUAUACCGCUCCCGGUACCGAUUGCUCAUGACGCGCGCCCUCACUCUUAUUCGAACACACUUUGUUUCCUCCCUCCGAGAUGUAUACGCCGAUGCUUCGAAGAAAAUCGCAGACAAGCAGCUCAACGACACCACGAUGUCUACCUUGCUCUACGCCAAGUUCAGAGUUGGCGCGCCGGAACUGAAACAGAUCGGGCUCGAGAUUCAGAAAAGAGCGGUUCCUCCAUUGGACCCAGAUCAGGGCACAGAAGCCGAAUACCAAAGCUUGCUCAACGAGCUUCAUGCCAACUAUGCAGCCACGCGCGGUAAACUGAUUAUCCCAUUAGUGCGCAAAAACCUCUACGACAUCGCGCAAUCUCCGACAUCAUCACAGGAUCUCGUGUCCUUUGCCCGCGCGAGUAUCAGCUACAUCCGCGGCGUCUGUCUAGACGAGUUCGAACUAUGGGGCGAAUGGUUCCAUGGUCACGGCGGACUGUAUGAUUUCUUGGAAACGAUCUGUGAACCUCUUUACGAUCACCUCAGACCUCGGAUUAUCCACGAAGACAAGAUUGUCAAGCUAUGCCAACUCUGCACUCUCCUGCAAACCCGAUACUUGCUCGACCAAGACGAAGAGAUCGAGCAAGUAGACGCCAACCAACUCGACUUCCCGACGCUGAUCCAGCCCGCACUCGAAGACGUCCAAACCCGCCUUGUCUUCCGCGCGCAGGCUUUUCUUCGCGACGAGAUCGAGCGCUACAAGCCUCGGCCGGAAGACCUGGACUAUCCGGCGCGAAACAAACAACUCUCGAUAUCCGUCACGGAGGGCCAGAUCAGCGGCCGCAAAGUCGCCUCCGCAGAUACCCUGGUGAACCUGCCCAAACCAACGAAACCAACCCAGGAUGGCGACACAUCCCUGGAGCAAGACUCCAAAUGGGACCUCGAGUCCCCGAACGCUCUAACCGGAUGGUAUCCCACCCUCCGCAAAGCCAUCUGGCUCCUCAGCCGAAUCUACCGCCUCGUAAACUCAACCGUCUUCGACGACCUCGCCCACCAAAUCGUCCACCAAACCAACACCUCCCUCCACCACGCCAGCACCCUCCUCACCAGCAAAGCCACCCCGACCGACGCCCAACUCUUCCUCAUGAGCCACCUCCUCAUCCUCAAACAACAAAUCGUCGCCUUCGACAUCGAAUACGUCGCCCCGGAAAUCACCUUCGACUUCUCCGGCGUGACCAACACCUUCUGGGAACUGCGCGAACGCGGCGGUCUCUUCAACCCCCGCAACCUCAUGCGUCUCGUCGGCCACGGCCUCCUCCCCCGCGUCGUCGAGAACAUGCUCGACGCCAAAGUGGAACUCGACGGACGUCUCCGCACCGUCAUCAACGACUUCAUCAACGCCUUCGCCUCGAAAAUGACUACCUCCCUGCCCGCCUUCAUCGACGCCCGGUCCCUCCAACGCGGAGAACUUAUCCACUCGACGUGUCGGAAUAUUGAAAAGGAGGUUCCGAAUCUACGGAAAGUGUUGUCGGAGUAUUUGGAUGAUGGGCGCAUGCGGGAGACGUUGGUCGGUGCGGUUCAGGAUCGGGUUAUUCAGAUCUAUGAGGAUUUCUUUGAGAAAUAUACCUCGUCGGAGAGGAGGAAGGGGAAUCCGGUGAGUACGAAGGGGAAGGGGAGGGAGGAUACGGUGUGGGAUGUGGAUACGUUUGCGGAGUGGUGUGAGGGGAUCUUUCGCGUUGGGUUUUUGGGGUCUGGGCAGGAUGGUGGUGGUGGUGGGGAUGAUGAAGAUGAUGAUGCGACAAGUAGGAGUGUGAGUCGGAGGGGAAGUCCUUGAUCCUUUCUUCUUCCUCUCCGUCGCCUUCUUUUUUUUAACGGUGUAUAAAAUCUACGGUUUCCAAUGUAUAUACAAAGUAUUGAGGAGGAGAGAGGGA